UCGUGGUCGCCCAUAGGAAAAGAACCCUCGUACCUGUCGCCACACGGAGGGGACGGUGUCGCCGUGUCGGCGCCACGGCACGGAGGCGAACCGUAGGCGACUUCUCAGUUCAGUUUUUCUCCGGCGGCGCCUCUGCCGGAGGUAGCAACGAGGACAGCAAGAGAUGUCAAGGACCUACAAUGCCAAAUUGGCCGCGGCACAACAACAGGCUGAAAGCCGAGUCAGGGAUCAUCGACAGACACGGUUUUCAGAUGUGCCUGUGUUUCCGCCUUUGCCUACAUAUCCGAGACGGAGUGAAUUGAAGAAGCUGCGUUUUCUCAGACAUUUGAGAUACGCUCAGCUGCAAUCUAUGGGUGUAAAUGGCUUUGCCUUCGGCAGACCUGGUGUACCAGUUACCUCACCAUAUGCUGCUAAGCACACUUAUCAUAUUGUGCAGCUACAAAAAGUUAAAGAUGGUCCUAUUGUCCAGUUUGCUUGCCGUGAAGCUGAUGGUUAUACCGGUGGAUGGAGAGUCCUCAUGACUAAAAAUGAUUCAGAAACAGAACCGUGGUUUGAAUGCAAAGGUUUUCACCUUCCAAGGGAUAUCUUCGUCAAUGUUGUGAAGACAGAGUACAGCUACAGCUAUCAAAACAUCAAUUCAAUUGGAUUAUCCAAGGCAAUCUUAUCUGUGAUAUUUGACUUCUUCGUAUCUACUCGCGGUGUGAACCCACUGAUCAUAACUGCUGAGGGAACAGCUUGCCUGGAUGCUGUCUUUUUCAUUCUUGGUGAAGGGCAACGGUUUCUGCAUUUUCUAAAGCUCACAGGGCGUGGCCUCAGGAGCAUUAAACCUGUCUUUCCCAGUCAAGACGAGGCAACGGUGGUAACACUCUGGCGUCAAGUUUGUGAGGCAAUAUUAGCAAUGUGCCUGGCAUUAGUUGAGAUGCACAAGGGGCUUGGGACUGAACCUAGGGAUAUCCGGCGCUUUGGAUACACUUACAGGACAGCUCGUGGUAAACUGGUGCAACUAAACCAGAAAUGCAACGGAUUGCUUCGUUUCAUUGGUCCGAACACAGAAAUCAACCUUGAAUAUCUUUGCGGAGGCGACAUGUUGCUUCUUAAGCACCGUCCAGAAUAUGUUAACAAGAUUCUCAUGAGAUUGGAUGGUUUCACAGGAGUUUUUUCUGGUACGAAGGCGCAAGGUGCGGAGGGGGAAACUUCUGGUGAGCAAGGUGCAGAGGGGGAAGCCUCUGGUGACUCAGAUAUGCAGUUGUAGUUUGCAAAAAGAAACGGGACCAUCCAGGACUUGAGGGAUGUAUGAAAUUCUGAAGCAAUUUUGACGUGUCAGCUUUCUAUAGCAAUUGUGAAAGGCGACUUAGUUUUGGUUCUGAUCUGGAAUAUUAAAUAGUGAUCUAAUCCCUGCUAUUUUUGUAAAUUUUGGUAGCUGUUUUUUCUAACUCAGCACGGAAUGAUAUUGAGUGCCUGCUAUUGAGCAGCAGCUGUUUAAACUUAACAACGUGGAAUGAUCUUGUAUGGUGACAUUCCCCUUUUUCA